AUGCCGCCCCUGGAGCAGGGGACCCUCUCGCGCGACGACCCCAGGCUGUCCACUUCUCACCCCCGAGGCACCACGGUGCUGGUGGAGCUGACGCCCGACAUCCACAUCUGUGGCAUCUGCAAGCAGCAGUUUAACAACCUGGAUACCUUUGUUGCUCACAAGCAGAGUGGCUGCCAGCUGACCAGCACAUCUGGGGCAGCCCCCGGCACGGUCCAGUUUGUAUCAGAGGAAACAGUGCCUGCCACCCAGACCCAGACCACCACCAGAACCAUCACCUCAGAGACCCAGACGAUCACAGGUACAGCUGGGAUGGGGGAGUCAGCUGGCAUUGGCCUGACUGUGUCUCAGACACCUCCAUGGAACUUGUUAAAAAUAGGUCCCCAGGGCCCACCUCCCAGGGUCGCCGAUUCAUUAUUUUUAAUGAGCUCCACCAGGAAGCCAGCUGCCAGCCUGGUUUGGGGGCUGCUAGGUUAA